AAAGAAAAGUUUUCCGUGCAACCAUUCAAGAGAACAUGAAAAAUGAUUAUUGCAAAUGUUGUCUGAUAUGAAACAUUGUUAAAAAAAGUAAAUGGUUUCCUGAGUGAGAAUUUGUGGUUUCAUGCUUGCAACUUCUUCAUCAAUAAAGACGAGUGAAUUAAAAGCACUUUUUGCAACGUCCUUCGAAGGGUUCAUUUACUCUUGAAUAAAAUACAAAAAAAAAUAUUAUUAUUAAUGAAUUGGUGAUUUAUAGCAACGAUAUACCGGGAACAACAUCAUUGGCAAAACAAUGCCCGUGAAUGACAUUCGUCCAAAUGCGAAACUGAAUGAAAAAUUACUCUCGCUAACCAAAAAAUGAUGAUAAUAAUGAAAUAAAUAAACAACAAUGGCCCCAAAGUAAAGUGUACAAGUGAAAAAUAAAUGUUUUUAUUUGUUACCGAUUGUGUUGAACACACUCUCGAAGCGAAGAAGGAAGAAAAAUUGAAGAAAAAUAAAUAAAUAAUGAUAGUGAUGAUUAAUUGAUUCUAUCAGCGAAUCUUUUUUGCCCGCAAGAAAAGUAAAAAGGAAGGAAAAUAACUCCCAUUUUUUUCCUUGUCGACCCUUGUAUAUUGUGAAAAUUGAACAAAAAACCUUUGAUCGCUAGAAAAAAAUAUUUUCCAUGGAAAUCCACUUCAAAUUGUUACAUAAUUAAAAAUUUUAUCAAAAGUUAAUAAAUAAAUUUCCUUUAAAAAAAAUGGUGGAUAUAAGUUCAAUCAUCGAAGGAACCGUAAAGUUUCGAGACGGCAAAAAGUGGAAAUCAAGAUGGUGUGUCAUGCGGAAAUUAUCACCAGUAGCAGAUUGUCUCCACUUGCAGCUGUACAGAGACUCCAAAGAUAGAUAUAAGAAUGGACAAACCAAAGCCUCACUUUCCUUAGAGCAUUUUCUGGGUGUCGAAACUGGUUUCACCUUAGACAAAGAAUCAAACACAAUCGCCAUCAUAUGUCAAGAUGUCAUAGUGGUGCUGGCGUUCGAUACGAGGGAGCGUCUCAUACAGUGGCAGGUCAAAAUAGCGAAUCACCUGGGCGACGACAUCCAAUAUCUGAUAUUGCUUCAGUCAGCUCCCUCAAAGGCCAAAAUAGCAACAGGUCCCGCAAAAAUGCAUGUGCAGGAUAAAAGGAUUUGUUUGACGACGGGUGUGCCUCCGAGACUGGCGGGAUUGUGGAAUAUUGCACACUUGAGACGUUAUGGCGUUGUCGAUAAUCGAUUUUGUUUCGAGGGCGGCUCCAGUUGCGGCAAAGGCGAAGGUCUUUACGUUUUUGUCACGGAUUUGGGUGAAGAAAUCACGCACACAAUCAAAUUAGCGGCAAAGGGCAAUUUGUCGAGCAAAAAACGACCUUAUGCGAAAAAACUCGCCGGUAUUGAUAGUCCGAAGAAAGGUUCGAUGAGCAGAGGAACGUCAGAAAUUGAGGAAAUUUGCACAAUUCACACAAAUGAUUCGAUCAACGAUUGCGUUUGCAACUCGUCUCGCAUGUCAUAUUGGCCUUCGCAGGAAUCACGAGAUCUGGAUAGUCAAUAUGGAUGCGGUGAUACUGUCUCGGUGAGUGAAGCACAUGAUAGUAUUCACGACAUGGACAACGGAUUUUCGCGCAGUGCUUUGAACAAUAUGGAACGUUGCAUGAGUUGCAUCUCAAAACUUGGAGCAAUGUCACGCAGUUCGACAAUUACAGUAGGAACUCCCGCAGGAAAUGGACCUAAUUCACUUGUGUGGACGACAAUUUCGGAACACUAUCAAAUGCAUCAGUCCAGUAACACGCUGGCAUCGCAAAGUAACAAAUCGGGUACAACUGUGCUGGAUCGCAUGUCACUUUGCUCCCAUGGCAGUAGUAAUAACUCGGAUUAUUCUGUUGCUCCUCCACGACAAACUCCUUUCAAUACAAGUUCUGAAUCGUGGUAUGAACCUGCUCCAUUGGUGCAGCAAUUGUGCAAUAGGAUAAUGUCACCUCCGCCUCCAGAACGUCCUCCGAAACCCGGCACAGAGCACUGUAAGAGUCCCAAUCCAUCACACAUUGGUCCUUAUGAGAAUUAUGACGUCCCGAAAAUCCCCACACUUUUUAACACCGCCGAAAAUUACGACACCCCAAAGAAAAUACAAGAGUACCUGGCCAAAGAUUUGAAUAGCAAUAGUAGCAAUGGCAUCGACAAGUACGGAAACUACGAUACGCCACUCGGAAUUGCCAAAGCUGUGUGUGGAGCGGGAUGUUUAGGCACCUCCGCCAACGAUGACAAACAAGGAGGUCGAACGACAUGCGCUUGUACGAAAAUUAUGUCAUGGACUGACAGUUGGAUGUGCAAACGAGGCAAUGGAAUUGAAAACACAGGAGUGCCCGUGAACAAAGUCAAGUUAACGGGCGAAGGAAAGAUGCCUCUUAUGGAUGCCAGCGGAGAAUCAGCAAUUUACGCUACCGUCGAUAUGGCAAAGAAAAUCAAGAAACGCUUGGAACAAUGUGAAUGUGAUAAAGAAAUACCGCAAAGCAAGGUGCGAGAUGUGAUGCAGAAUUAUGCCAAUUUUGAUUUUGAGCGAUCGCUCGAGAACUACGAAAAUGCCAAAGAAGUGUUACAACGAGCAGGUAUCACGCUGGAGGAGUUUCAAGAGGAAAUGAUAAAAAUUUGUCAGAAAUGCGGACACGCAAGUGGAAGUAAUACAAAAACCCCUGAUGCCGAUACUCCGGUACAAGAACAACCCAAACCACAGGAAAACUACUUAAUGAUGGAACCAGGCAGUAAAAAGAAAGCAAAUUGUCCGGGAUAUGUUCCCAUGCAUCCAGCUGGACAAGCGCCACAAGUUGAAACCCCACAAACUGAAAACGGAAGUCCUUCGUCGCCAGCUCCUCCAUUACCCACAAAGUCAGACAUCUUGAAACAACGCAUGAAUCGCAUCAUCAAUGAAAAAUCAGCGAGUAAUCCAAGUCUCGUGGGUCCCGCAGUCGAUAGAAAUACCAAACGAGCGAUGAACAACGACAACCGAGUGCCUGGCAGUGCAAUGAUGGUUCUUGCGCGAAAUGGUACAUCACCCUACAAUCGCAAACAAAUCAUGGACAGUAGUGAUAACCUACCUGAAAAUCGCUUAACUGCUCGGAAACGUUCGUCAUCCGCCGAUUCAUCGCGUUAUCUUGAAAAUGAUGAUUUCAUGAGUCCUUUAAAUGGAUCCGGAUCUCCAAGUACCGAAACGUUGCGUAAAUCAUCGCUUACACACAUCGAAACACGUCGUGCUUCCUCGCCAUGCGUUCAUCAAGAGACCGAAUUGUGUCAAGAUGCGAGUUGUUGCGCAACCCCAACUGCCCCCGUUGCUCCUGAAUCCGAUGAAAUCUCAGGAUCAACAAGUACAAGCACCGGAACAACUACUAGUCACACAACGUCGCAAUCAGCGUACAUCCGACGUUCCGAAAGUGUUCCGUGCAAAGCGCAAAACCGUGAUUCCUCGAGUUCGAAUGACUCGGGUGUGUCAACAGGUUCUUUAAGGCAACGUGGAACGGAUUUCAAUGAGCUUGAGUUGCCACUCAAUACAAUGACGACAGGCAGACGUCAUUUGAAACAAUUAAUUGUCACACCAAAGAGUCAAAGUUGCGUACAUGCAUCCCUUCCACGAAGAUCAAAGUCUUUUGAUCCAUUGCGUGACUUGUCCUUCCAAUUUCAACGUGUAAAAGUGCCGGAAAAGAGUACGUCAGCCGAAGCUGAGGUGCCAAUUUGCCCGCAGAAACCACAAAACCCGACAAAUCCACCGUACAUUGAUUCCCGAAGCACAAGCAGCGGCACUUCUGACAUGUCAGACUACAUCGAGACCUUGUCCCUUUCGAGUCACAGUUCGUCUGAUAAUCCCGAUGUACUGAGACAAAUUCGUCCUGCUACAAGUACUUUAAGGCCUCGCUCAGGCAAAGAAUACCAAAAUAUUGAUCGUUCUUUGCUGAGUCUCUCGCAACCAACACCUGAGCUUUGCAAACAAGCCAACCCAACAGGCACAUUAAGAGCUAAUUACGCAAAUAUCACGCCAGUACCAGAAAAUGCCGAGUCUCCAAGUCCCGGAUAUCAAAGUGGAACAUCGCCACAAGAACCGCAAGGAGAGCAUUUCUUGUUUAAGCCUGAAUCGUAAUCAAAUCGUUAAUAAGCAAUAACAAAAAUAUUAGCCGUAAGUUCGUUUUCACUGUAAAUAAUUUCAAUUUGCUAAAUAAUUAAUAGAAAAACAAAUAUAUCAAAAAACUCUGCC